AUGAUCAACGGUUCCGAGCCGCCCCACAACCACAGCGCGUUCCCCACGCUGCGGCUGGAGUCCAAGUCCCUGGUCACCUCGGCCACGAUGUUCGGCGUGGGCGUGCUGGGGAACCUGAUCGCCAUCGUGGUGCUGUGCGUGUCCAAGAAGGAGCAGAAGGAGACCACCUUCUACACGCUGGUGUGCGGCAUGGCCAUCACGGACCUGCUGGGGACGUGCUUCACCAGCCCGGUGGUGAUCGCCACCUACGUGGCGAGCCGCUGGCCCGGCGGCACGCUGCUGUGUCACUUCUUCUCCUUCUCCAUGCUCUUCUUCGGCUCGGCGGGCAUGUCCAUCCUGUGCGCCAUGGCGGUGGAGAGGUACCUGGCCAUCAACCACGCCUACUUCUACUCGCAGCACAUAGACAGAACCAUGGCCCGCUUCGCGCUCCUCGCCGCCUACUUGGCCAACAUCGUGCUGUGCAUCAUGCCCAGCUUCGGCUUCGGCCGGCACGUCAGACACUUCCCGGGGACUUGGUGCUUCCUGGACUGGAGGGCGACGGAUGCGCUCGGCGCCUGCUACUCCUUCCUGUACGGCGGCGUGAUGCUGCUGCUCAUCGCCGUCACCGUGCUGUGCAACCUGGCCGUCUGCCGGUCCCUGGUGGGCAUGAACCAGAGGACCGGGAUUGUCCGGGCGGAGGUGUGCGAGCAAGGGGGGUCGCGGCGCCGCUUCCCGCGACUGCAGUCUGUCACCUCGGCGGCGGAGAUCCAAAUGUUCUGGCUGCUCGUUUUCAUGACCAUCGUUUUCCUGGUGUGCUCCAUCCCUCUAGUGGUGAGAAUCUUUGUCAACCAGAUUUUCGAUCCUGCGUACAUUUCUGCUGGCGGGAAUCCCGACUACCGCAGCGACCUGUUGGCCAUCCGUUUUGCCUCCUUCAACCCCAUUCUGGACCCGUGGGUGUACAUCCUGUGCAGGAAGAACCUGCUCCUCAAAGGUUGUGGGCGGCUGAAGCGGGCGAUGACCCGAGUGAAAGAAAGCGCCGGUGACAACAUAGGCUGGGUCGGGGGUCAGGACUCCCCGCCGUCUUUGAACACAAACGACACCAGCUACGCGUCGCUGCGCAGGAAAGACGUGGAGCAGCGAGCGGCCGUCGGGAACGCUCGGUCUUUCACGGACUUCGCCCUGAGACACGCGUGGGACUACGACACGGCUCGGGUCAACUUCCACCCGUUCAGCGUCGAACCGACCGCCGUGCAAGGAGGCGAAGAGGAAGUAGCGGCUGAUCCGAAGCAGGAGUCGGAGUCGGUGAAGGCGUCACCGGGACAUGCGCACGCCAGAAGAGGCGAGAUGGUCACGUGCACAUUCAGCACCCCCAGCUCAUGUCAGUCACUGAAAUACCUUUAA